AUGGGAACGCCUUUCAUUACCUUCCUCGGGCCUAGUAGCCUCGAAGGAUACAAGCGCGGGGCUCCUAUAGAAGAACAGCCACCGACAAUUUCACAGACCUUCCUGGAUGCAAUGGAAGUUCGUGAACAGGUCUUUGUGGAGGAGCAAAAGGUCCCUGCCGAAAACGAGUUCGACGAUGAUGACCCGCGCGCAUGCCACUGGGUAGUAUACGCAAGUAUCAACAAGUUGGAGGAGUUGGAGGUUCGCGACGAGGAGGGCAAUGUGAUGCAGCCCCGGAAGAGCUCGACACGUUCAACACCGAUUGGAACUAUACGACUUGUACCAUUCCCUCAUGACCCGCACCCGAAAGAGGGAGGUAAAUAUUGGAACGGCGUGUUAGAAGGUGAGAACGGCGACAAGAAGGGCCACCAAAAUGGGAAUACGGAUGCGCUUGAAGUGUCUUCAAACAGACCAUACGUUCUAGACCGAGAGACGACAUUCCAUAAUGGGCAGGAACCAUAUGUGAAACUAGGACGCCUGGCAGUCAUUGAAGAGUUUCGAGGGCGUCGUAUCGCUGGACUCCUCGUCAACACUGUACUCAGCUGGCUAAAAGCCAACCCUUCAUACUUUGAUCCCAGCAUCAAAGAGUACGGGCUCGAGCAACUCAACCCGGCCAACUGUGAGCAAACAAUCCCCCAGUGGGCAGGACUAGUGUGCGUCCACGCGCAGUCGCAGGUGGAGGGCUUCUGGAAGAGAUGGGGCUUUGAGGUGGAUGAAGGUAUGGGGACUUGGUCGGAAGAGGGCAUGCCACAUGUUGGUAUGUUUCAGCGACUGGAAAUAGGAGAGAAGACAGUCCGUCUUGAUUAG